AUGGCGAAAAAGAAACUGAACGCAAUCCAAAGAGGCUUCGUUCAGAAGGUUGUCCGGACAUACAGAACAGCGUCGCUGGACUCGGUCCUACUGCUCGCUGGGAUACUUCCACUAGACUUAAGAAUUCAAGAAGCAGCCGCAAUUUACGAAAUUAAAAAAGGAUUUUCCCAGCGAAUAGUAGGAGACCGGGUAGUAGAGACAAGAGUACCAUACAACAACAAAGUACACCCCUCAGAAAGGGAAGAGACUGAAUACACCUGCCUGGAAGACUGUGCAGAGCUGCCGAACUCCAUCAUAAACAUCUACACGGAUGGCAGUAAAAUCGAGGGGACGGUCGGAGCCGCACUAUCAAUUUGGGAUGGUGCGGUGGAGACUAAAACCCGAAAACUAAAACUUGAUAACUGCUGUACGGUCUAUCAGGUAGAGCUACUUGCUAUAAACGCAGCGACCAAUAUAGCACUCGCAACCCCUGGAAAUUACAAUAUCCUCUCGGACUCUAGAUCAGCACUCCAAACCCUCGCGGAUCCAGACGACACCCAUCCUCUGGCGGAAGAAGCAAGGAAAAACAUCCGGAGAAUAAAAACCAGAGGGAACACGAUUAACCUAUACUGGGUUAAAGCACAUGUAGGCAUAACAGGGAAUGAAAGGGCGGAUGCCCUGGCCAAAGAUGCAGCACUGAAAUUAAAAAAGAAGCCUGACUACGAACAAUGUCCUGUUUCAAACAGGCUUUGCGGAAUAUCUCCAUCGCUUCAAGCGUAG